AUGGCCGCCCGAAUAGCUGCGCGGCUGCUAAGGGGUUCCGCCAGCCGUGCUUCCUCCUCCCCGCAUCUUCCGACCCUAGCAUCCCCGCCCUCUUUCCGCGCGCCUCUCGUUCAAACCUCUCCGCCAUCCCCUCACUCCCGCACUUUUUCCCGCACCAGUAGCCAGCAGUCGCCAAUUCCCCAAAUAUCGUCAGCACGCGCCGUGAGUCGCGGCGAGCUCUCUAUAGGCCUCGAGGCCGCUUUCUCGCCCGCCUCUCCGCCUUCUCAUUGGGUCCACGCGUCGCCGUUCAUCGCCAGCACGCGACAGAUCGUGCGAUCUUUUGCGAUUCGCAGUGCGACGUCGCCAGCAACCACGCGAAUCCGCGGAAACUCGAUCUGCUUCGUAAACACGUCGCAACAACGACGGUUCUCGUCGGAUUCAGGCAAAGGACCUGACGUGGCAUUCGCAGCAGAAGCCAGCGGCCAUGCAGCCGAGGGUGUAUCCGCAGGCUCGGAAGGCGUAGUAGGUUCGGCUAGCGCAGCCUCGGAAAGCGCAGCCUUAGCUGUGAAAGCCUCGGAGGCGGAUGCAGCAGCAGGGGAGGAAGCGGGGGAGGCGGAGUGGGGGACGUACCGCGACAGGCGCGUGGCGGUGCGGAGCUUCAGCGGGGAGGCGCGCGGAGAGGCGGUGCUGGACGAGACUAUAUUCGACGUGCCUGUACGGAGAGACAUCGUGCACCGCGUGGUGUGCUGGCAGCUCGCGAAGCGCCGCCAGGGCACGCACAGCACGAAGCGCGCGUGUGAGCUGCGGGGGACGUCUAGCAAGCCAUGGAAGCAGAAGGGCACGGGGCGCGCCCGACACGGGUCCCGCCGAGGGCCGCAGUUCCGCGGCGGUGCCGCCAUGCACGGCCCCAAGCCACGCUCACACGCCUUCUCUCUCAACAAGAAGGUCCGGGCGCUGGGGCUCAAGGCAGCGCUGUCCGCACGGCUGAGGGAAGGGCAGCUGGUCCUAUACUCGGAAUUGAAUCCGGGCAGCCCGAAAACGAAGGACAUGGCGCAACACAUUACCACGGCGUUCCCUGAGUCAAAGAAGAUCCUUUUCGUUGACGGGUCGCAACGGGCAGAUGAAACUUUGCUCCGGGCAUCUGGGAAUCUGCACUACGUGAACGUGCUGCCAGUUGUGGGUCUGAACGUGUACAGCAUCGUGCAGCAUGACGCCCUCGUGUUGUCGUUGCCGGCCCUGCAAGCCUUGGAGCACCGCCUCCUCUCCUCCAAGCGUCAGGUUCGGCCAGGCCUGGAGGAGAAGCUCGGCGCUGCUGCAGCUGCCACGUCCUGA